AACAGAUGCCAAAAAUGCCCUCGUUUUCCCACUCGCGGUUGGGUUCUAAAAUCCCGGCCCUAUUAAACCCAGACCACAAGCCCAAAUCCACCAAGACCCAAGAGAGAGAGAGAGAGAGAGGCACCCGGCAGCCAUUACUCGUCCUCACUCCCACACCAACAACCUCCAUCCAGUGCCUGCCGCAGCCGCUUCUGCUGCAGCGGGGACGCGUGCAAGUACAGGAGGAUAUCCGCUUCCAUUACUGCGCUGCGCCGCGGCGGAAACAGCAGCAGCAGAGGGGUUCUUCGAUUCGGGGGGUUCGGCCGGCGGGCGCAAUAAAUUUUGCCCGGGAUGGCUCGGAGGGCCGCGUCCUCGCUCGUCUCCCGCUGCCUCUUGGCCAGGGCCUCUGCCCCCGCCGCGCCACCCGCUGUCCCCUCUGCGCUGCGCAGGCCAGAUGGGAUGCGCGGACUGUUGCCAGGCGUCCUUCAGAGGUUCAGCACUGCAGCAGCAGUAGAGGAGCCCAUCACGCCCUCAGUCCAAGUGAACUAUACAAAGCUCCUCAUUAAUGGCAACUUUGUUGAUGCUGCAUCCGGCAAGACCUUCCCAACUCUGGACCCUCGUACAGGGGAGGUGAUUGCUCAUGUGGCUGAGGGUGAUGCAGAGGACAUUAACCGUGCAGUAGCUGCUGCCCGCAAGGCUUUUGAUGAAGGGCCAUGGCCGAAGAUGACUGCCUAUGAGAGGUCCCGUAUCCUACUGCGGUUUGCUGAUUUGAUUGAGAAGCACAAUGAUGAGCUUGCUGCUUUGGAGACGUGGGACAACGGAAAGCCAUAUGAGCAAGCAGCCCAUAUUGAAGUACCAAUGGUGGCCCGUCUUAUGCGUUACUAUGCUGGUUGGGCUGAUAAGAUCCAUGGGCUCGUUGUGCCAGCUGAUGGCCCACACCAUGUACAGAUCUUGCAUGAGCCAAUCGGUGUUGCAGGUCAGAUCAUCCCAUGGAACUUCCCUCUUCUGAUGUUUGCCUGGAAAGUUGGCCCUGCUUUGGCAUGUGGAAACACUCUCGUGCUCAAGACUGCUGAGCAAACUCCUCUAUCGGCUUUGUAUAUCUCCAAGCUGUUGCAUGAGGCUGGACUACCUGAGGGUGUUGUGAAUGUCGUUUCUGGUUUUGGCCCUACUGCUGGUGCUGCUCUUGCUAGUCACAUGGAUGUUGAUAAGCUUGCAUUUACGGGAUCUACCGAUACCGGCAAAGUUGUUCUUGAGUUGGCUGCAAGGAGCAACCUUAAGACAGUGACACUGGAGUUAGGAGGCAAGUCUCCUUUUAUCAUCAUGGAUGAUGCUGACAUUGACCAUGCUGUUGAGCUUGCGCACUUUGCCCUGUUCUUUAACCAGGGGCAAUGCUGUUGUGCUGGAUCUCGCACAUUUGUACAUGAGCGUGUUUAUGAUGAGUUUGUGGAGAAAGCCAAGGCUCGUGCAUUGAAGCGCGUCGUUGGUGAUCCAUUCAGGAAAGGUGUUGAACAGGGCCCGCAGAUUGACGACGAGCAAUUCAACAAGAUCUUGCGCUACAUUAGGUCUGGUGUUGACAGUGGAGCUAACCUUGUGACGGGUGGUGAUAGGUUGGGUGAGAAAGGUUACUACAUCCAGCCAACGAUUUUCUCAGAUGUCCAGGAUGGCAUGAAGAUUGCUCAGGAGGAGAUAUUUGGGCCUGUUCAGUCAAUCCUCAAGUUCAAGGAUCUCAAUGAGGUUAUUAAGAGGGCAAAUGCGAGCCCAUAUGGAUUGGCCGCUGGUGUGUUCACCAAUAGCUUGGACACAGCCAACACCCUGACGCGUGCGCUCAGGGCUGGGACCGUCUGGAUUAACUGCUUCGACAUCUUCGAUGCUGCAAUUCCCUUUGGUGGGUACAAGAUGAGCGGCAUUGGGAGGGAGAAGGGCAUUGACAGCCUGAAGAACUACCUGCAAGUGAAGGCAGUCGUCACCCCUAUCAAGAACGCCGCGUGGUUGUAGAUGCUGCAAGUAUGGCCUUCUGGAUAAGAACUACGGAUAUUCAUUUCCUCAUCACAUCCCGCACAAUAAUAUGAAGGCGAUAAUCAGUUAGAUGACGAUGAAGAACGAACAGCUAUAAUAAGAUUUGCCCUUUGGUUGUCAGUUAUAUCUCUAAUAAGCCUUUUGGUUGGUGCCAUAUUGUGCAAUUUGGCUGCACCCUUUUUCUUUUGGAUAAGACUAUAUUGUAGCAACGGAUUUUGCAGAGUUCAUUAUGAAAAAACAUUUGUUAGAAGAGCAGCACUGCAGCAGUCACCCAAUUGCUCUCAUGUCCCCAAUUGUCAUAUUGGGGUUAAAGUUGUUGCAAAUAAGGGUUUGUUUGGUUGGUG